GAGACUCUCCAAACACAGUGACCUUUGACAUUUUGAAGGGUGGAGGCGGUGCCGUGGUGCAGGACGCCAAUGUCUGGAUCUUCCUGAAGAUGUCGAAGGUCAGUCGGUCCAGAAGUAAAGUGAUGCUGCAGCUGCUGUGGACUCGCCAUGACGGUGGAUCUCAUAAAGACAAGUUUGUGUCAGAGAAGAUGGUGGACAGCCGUCGCAGCGGCUGGCACAAGCUGUCUGUGACUCAUAGCGUUCAGUCUCUGCUAGACGGAGGCAGCAGCGCCCUCGGUCUGCAGGUCUCCUGUCCACUUUGUGCAGAAGUCGGGGCGUCGCCAGUCCUCACAGCCGGAGCGAAGACGGCGGGCAGGGAUGAGUCCCACCGACCGUUCCUCAUGGUGAUGCUGCAAGUGGAGGAGGAGGAGCCUCAGCGGAGAGUCAAACGAGGUCUAGAGUGCAACGGCAAAAUCCACGUGUGCUGCAAGCGGCAGUUUUACGUGAGUUUCAAAGACAUCGGCUGGAGCGACUGGAUUAUUGCUCCAUCUGGUUACCAUGCCAACUACUGCGAGGGGGAAUGCCCAAACCACAUGAGCGGCUCGACGCUUUCCUUCCACUCUGCGGUCAUCAGUCACUACCGCAUGAGGGGCUUUGGGCCGUUCCAGAACAUGAAGUCCUGCUGCGUGCCCACCAGGCUGCGCGCCAUGUCCAUGCUCUACUACAACGAGGAGCAGAAGAUCAUCAAGAAGGACAUCCAGGACAUGAUUGUAGAAGAGUGCGGCUGCUCGUAG